ACCCAAACAAUGGAGCGAUGGCACACUUGUGACAGUUCCGUACUUUGCAACAAACACACUGGAUAUUGCUUACAGUAAGUAAGUAAAUUGUUUGUUAUCGAUUACAUCCAUUUGAUUAUCCGGCUGUGUUUGCUUAUUUGGUAUACAUGCUUGAAGUAAGUUUUUUGCCUACAAACGCUGAAAGCAGAGAGGUCAAGUGGGGAACAACAUGGCAGACGACUUCAGCCAAUCCCUCACCCCUCCGGUAUCGCCUACAAACAGUCUGUGUGAACUAACCUCAGCCAAACCACCUUGGUUCUACUGCUGUGAAUCAAAGGAGGAUCCAACUGGAGCACUCUCAAGUGAGGGGUACACUGCUACAGGUUCUUUGAAAAGGCUGCUGCUGAGUCUCGAUCCAGCCCCUGCUGACUAUGAAGGGGACACCGUGGAGCUCUUUGGUUUUACAUGGGUUACAGAGACAGCAUUGGUGGAAUCUACAAAGCUGCUCUUUGGCCUACUCAGGCUAACGAUAUGCAAGCUUGAGACUCUGGCACAAUGCAGCUCACGUGACUUUGGUCAAAAAGGCAACCUCCACUAUGAAGCAUCAGAGCUAAGACAACAGUGUGUUUCAUUUCUUCAAUAUGUCAAAGUCUUUCUGCACAGGUACCUUAGGGUUUCUUGCAGUCUGGAUGCCGAUCCGUUGCACCCUUAUGAGAAAUUGGAAGGUCUGCUCUCGUCUGUUCUAUUGGAGGAGCUGGUUGCCAUCACACUCCUCAUUGGACGACUUAAAGACCUCCCUGCUAACAUUCAGAAUGCUUUUACCAUACAGAACCCAGGAAAGAUUUUUCCUCCUCCUUGGCAUCUGCUGCACCUUCAUCUUGACAUCCAUUGGUCAGUGUUGGAGAUCCUGCAUCUACUUGGCCAGAAGAUGAAUGGCCAGGUGGUGUACGCACAUCAGUUUGUGAAUCUGACCGGCGAGAACUUGACUGAUACAAGUCUGUUUGAGGAGCACUUGUGCAGCCUCCUCUGUGACCUCACUGGUCUGGCCAUGGGCAAAUACAGCAAGGUGAGGCCUACAGAGGUUCUGAGCAGUCAUCAUUACCUUUGCUCUUGCACCAAAGAGCUGUGGAUCCUGGUCAUUCACCUAUUGGAAUACAGGAGUAAAAGGCUCCACUCACAGUCCUUCUGGAGCUACAUGAACUCACUGUUGAAGCCUCUUGUGGCGGGGACACCAGCAGCUGAGCAAUUCCGUGGCCUUCCUGCCCAUUGUAAGGACCCUUUAGGAUUCACAUGGUGGCUGAUCACUCAUUUAGCAAUGUUGGGGCAGUACAGUCAAAAUGGUAUAAUCCAGGAUGAGAAACCUAUAAAUGACAACUGGACAUUUGCGGAAGAGCUGCUUAAAUUUACCUGUAAGCCCCAGGGAGGACUUGUUGAGGAGCAAAUCAGGAUGCAUGUCCAUUGCUGUCUCUCUCUGUGUCUGCUAUGGAAACCCAGUACCAGUGCCGUCUCCACCCUCUGGGACUUCUUCAGCAAAAACCUGGGUGCCUCAUUCACGGUGCCUUGGCUUGGCUUGAGCGGCUUGGGCACUUUGUGCAAGACUCCACUGUCUUUGCUGGAGCAGGCACGCAACUGUUGUGUGCAAUUCCCUCUCCACUCUCUAGGCCACACCCAGUUGUACUGCUCAGCCAACUCCUUCCAUAUCUUCCUCCGAGUGCUGGCCCUGUGCCUGUCCCAGGACAGAGUGGGUGGAGUCCCACAGAGACAGAUCAAAGGAAGGAUUUGCUCUAAGUUCUCCUCAAAGAAGAUGCAGGAACUGUCGGAGGCAGGCCUCAUGAACUUCCUGCUCCUUUUUUUGGUGGUCGCUCAGAAGGUUGAGCUGGAAGACAUUGCCAGUAAAACGUGUGAGCUGCUCGGCUACUUGCCAUCUGACUGCCCCCCAAAACACCGCACUCUGGUGUGGAGGGGACAACUGGCACUGGUGUUGUUAUUUCAGGAAAAGGGUUUGGAUGUAGGCCCACUGGCGACCGGUCUGGCCUCAUCCUUCAGUGACACCGCUAAGGAGUUCUACGAUAAAACUACAGAGAUGUCCCGUAAACUUGCCCUCUGGGGGCCCCUAGGAUCAUACUUGGAGGGGGUGGCGGAAGUGUUCGAAACGAGCAUCAGUCUCAACCUAUCGGAAGAAAAACUCCUCAACGAAGGCUUUGUGUGGCUGCUGCCGGCUUGCCGUCAGUCUGAACUGAACUCUGUGCUUGGUUUUCUUCAGACGGUCCUUGCCCAGCUCAGGCAAGCGCAUCAACGCUGUGUCCAGCCAGGACCCCCCUUGACCUGGACGACUACCAACACCAGUGUGGUGAAAGAGCCUCACCUAGCGGUAGCGGCGGCCCUCUGGUUGCACUUCUUCCCCUUCCUCCGCAACCUACGCCUCUCCCAGACUCCUCCAAUUCAACUUGCAGAUGCUGCUGCAGGCUUCACAUUUCUGGCCUUCGAGCUGCCCGCCUCUGCUCCUCAGGACCUUCAACCUAAUCCAGUUCAUUCCAUCUUGCAAUGCUUUGGCUGGGAUGACAUGGUUCAUCCGCUUCUUGUCACACGCUACCUUCCGCAUCUACUUCAAAACAGAGAGCUGGUGUCUUCACUUAGCAGCAACCCUGGUGUCUCUUCGUCAGCUUCGGCACAAUGUCAGUCAGUGAGGGCCUGGUUCCGAUGUGUUCUCCAGCAGCACCUUCACAAGUGCCUUGAUGGAUCUGAUAGCAGAGCAGACCGGGUUUUGGAGGAGCAACUGUGUGAGCUGACCCGACUGGUGCUGCUGCUUCCUGAGGUGGAAAGUCUUCUUCAGACAGCCAACCUCCUUCGCUCCGGCACCAGGACAGAACCCACCUCAGCCCUGGAGAUGUUUGUAAAGGCCGUAGGCAUUGUGUACAGCAGACUGCAGAGUUUGUCUGAGCGUUCAGCCAUGGUGACUAGAGCUCUGGACUACAUGGGAGACAUACUAAAACAUAUUAAACCCUCUUUGGUCAGCAAGAAUCCCAACGGAAUUCAGCUGGCCUAUUGGGCUGUUGGUUGCAUCGUGAAGCACUGGAGCCCCCUGCUGGUAACAUCCAAAGCACAGCAGUUGCUGUUCCGCAUUGUGGAUCGCUUGCUGCUCCCCAACAACCUCACUCAGCAGGACAAAGCUCUCAGGGACAGCCUGCCGUUAUAUUUGCAGGGCCUGUCAGUGGCAUCCAGUGUGUCCCAGUCGCAAGGGGCGUACCUAAAACAGCAGCUACACUCCAUCAUCCGCAGAUAUCUUGACCAUUUCCUUCCCGCCUCACCUUCUGUUGGCGCCAUUGCCAAUCACCCGGUGCUUCUUGGUGCAUGCGAGGUGACCCCGACCAUCCCUGGAGCCUCCCUGAGGAGGACCAUCCUGGAGGUGCUCCGUGAGAACUUCCUUCAGUUCAAAGGUCAUUCCCCUCCACCUCGUCUAGCGCCAGUCCUGUUGUUCCUGUUCGAACUUCUGAGGCGUAACAGUGACUCGGACCCCGCCUUACUCACUCUGCCACUCCCCUCUUUACUGCAUUGCCUGAUGCUUGUCAGUGAGCCGCAGGUGAGGAAGACGAGCACGGAUGCAGUACAACUUGUGGUGGAGCGCUGUGCAGCGGCAUCUGCAGAAGGAGCAUGCCUGCACUUAAUCUCUGUCUUAAAGUCAUUUGUGGAGGAGAAUGAGAGAGUCUAUGACAAGCAGAUUUACAGCGUUUUAGAGACAGUGGCUGUUUUAGAUCCUCCUGCUGUUCAAGCUCUCAUUCCUACCCUGUCUCUCAGUCUGAGAAACACAGAACACAAGAGGGGACUCGGCAAGAACACAACCUUAAGGAAUGCUUAUAAGAAAUUGCUGUGCCUACUCGGGGAGAGUGGGCAGGCAGAAAUAGCAAGUUUGGAAUUGGACUGAAACAAUUACCAAAGUCGGAAAAUCAUCUCCAAACAUUAUUUUCAUGUCUCCAUUUGAUCAGAAACAGAAAAGGGGAAUCCAAGUACGUACACCUCACAAAUGAUUUGAUGUCUUACUUACUUGUUGUUGUCAGCUGGCUAAGUCAAACUAAAAGUGAUCAGGCUUUUUGUGUUGAAUUACAUGCAAUUGCACUGAAGUAAUUCCGUUUUCUAUCACUGAAAUGCACUCAAAAAUGAAAUAUUAGCUUAUUACAAACAUUGGCAUUAAAUUAGUGUUCAUUAGUAAAUUACAUUAUGCUAUAUAUGAACAGCUGUAGCUCGUAAGUAUAACUGUAAUCAUGAUCAAUAAGCCAGGUUCUAUUGCACUGUAAUGGUGUAAAGACUUUAAGUCCAGGCUUGAAUGGGGAAGUGAUGCAGACAGUCAGGUCCUGGAUCUCUCUAUGUUGGAUUUCUGAAUUUCAAAAUUUAAGAUAGUCAUGCUGGAUAAGCCAAAAGAAGAUUCUGUACAGGAAUUUUUUAUAUUUUUUAUAAGGAGACUGCAUUUUAGUCCCUUUGCAAUCCAUAGCAGUCCUUUGCAAUAUCAUUUAGUUUGCUCCUAAUCACACAAAAUGUCACUCCGGUCUACCACAAUCACCAAGUAUCAUUUUCUGUCAUUUUCCAGCCUCAAUUCAUUGCAUCGCUUUGGUCUCACAUUGCCGUUCUGCUGCACUCUCAAUGUUGGCUGGAGAAUUCACGUAGCGCUUCAAUUUACUGUUCACUUAUCUAUUGCUGCUCAGUCAUCAAGACCUCAUUUUUCUAUCUAUGUUUCUUCUAUAAUAAUAAUAAAUGCCAUUGCAAUUCAGUUAUUUAUUUUUGAAAAGUUGAUACACUUUCACCAACAAGGGAUCAGUUGAGUCACACUCUUGGUAAAACAUACAAGUAUGUAUUAUCUGAGCAUUUGCAUACCCUUGACAAUAUUAAGCAUAUAUUGUUUAACAGUAAACAAGUCGCAACAUGUUAUGCAUUUUUCAAAUACAGAGGUUGAUAACACACACAAACUGCUGCCUUCUCUGGAUAUGGGAAAAAAAUCAAAAUGCUCGGGUUUAUUAACAUGUUAGUGAGUAAUUAGGCCAGUUAAAAAUAUGUU